AUGGAACACUCUAGUAAACACAUAGAUUCUGAGGUAUUAGACUUUUAUAGACCAUCCCAUAUCACCGAGAACCGAUUGUCUAGUUCUAGUCACAAUUGCCAUCCUCAUGAUCCUCAUCGGUCACAGCCAGUACCACAGCUUCCUCUUCAUUUAAAAACAAGCAGUGCCUUGCGGGUGCCCCUUACGGCUGCUGUUCAUGCUGCGCACGGUAUUCAUCCUCAGCUGCUUCGUGUUUAUCAGCAAGGUCGCCCUCAGAGUGCUUCGCAGCACCUCCCUGGCCGACAACUUCAUUCGGAGACAUUUAGACACAGUCCACAAUCUUGUCAAUCUAGUCAAAGUGGUUGUGCAGCAAGUGUUAGCAGUGGAACUUCCGGAUACGCUUCGCUCAAUAGUAACUUUAAAGGCGGUCAUAAAUCCUCUAGCGCCAGGCUUCGCGCAGCUGAACUGAUACCCCUUCUUCGUGGUAAAUAUGCAAUGCUACCCGGGGGUCGCACUAGGAACGGCGGGCCGAUUCUCUGCUUUCCUGCUAAUUCUCAUGCUGAUUGUCUACCUCUCGAGGAACUCUAUUUUUUGGUCCUUUACCUCACCUACCUCCCUGAGGAAAAUGUAAAGAAACUCGGAUUUGCCGUUAUUAUUGACAUGCGAAGUGGAACUACUUGGCAUAGUGUGAAACCCGUAUUAAAGGUAUUUGAUUCACGAAACUUGGGAAAACGGAUUUAUUUGCUUGCCUUUGUGCUCUGUUGUACGUUAUUUCUUUUAUCCUAUUCGUCUGCUCUGUGUCAAGGAAUAUAUUAG